AUGGCUGUGGUGAUUACCAACACAGCUACACCAUAUAAGUUAGCUACAUCGUAUAAGAAGUUCAGUGGAUCCGACAUGGUGCAGUAUAAAAGUGCAGUCUAUUUUGCGAUAGACAUCAAACAUUAUCAGCAGUCCAAUUUGGUAGCUUCAAAGCAACAGCAAACCAAUAUUGUAGCGAUGUCUCCAUUUACGAUUUUAUUUGUCAUCGCCGUGGCGCAUGAAGUUGUUGGAGACAAAAAAGUUGCAGAUUCUCAUGGGGAACAAUCUGCCAUCACCUCACCGGUGAUUAGCGUAGGCCACCACAGAGGUUAUGGACUCGGUGGUCAUAUUUUUGCUAGUGAACUUGAUGGCUCUGGCCUUGCAGGUGCUGCAAUCGCUGGUGGCCAUAUAGUAGCCGGUGCUGGAUACGGCGGUCCUGCAAUAGGUUCGGGUGCAGCCCUUAACAGCGCUGCUGCAGCAGGUGCGGCUCACCUUAGUGCAAUCCAGAAUGCUCAGGCUGUUCACGCAUCGCAAAUUGGUAAUUCGGCAGCAGCUGCUAUCCAGGGUGCUCGAGUAACCGAAGCUGCUGCUCGUGCUGGUCAGGCUCAUGCCAUCAACAACGCUGCUGCGCUAGAUGCUGCUCGCGUUGCUAAUGUUCAACGCGCUCAAGCGGCUGCUUAUGAAAACGCAAGGGCCGCAGAAGCAGCGAGACGUGCAGCAGCUGCCAGUGCUGCUGAAAUUGCUCGCGCUGUUGAAGCAGAGCGCUUAGGCAACGCUGCUCGUGUACAGGCUAUAGCCAUCGCCAACACCCGUGCUGUGGAAGCUGCUCGAAUUGCCAACGCUGCUCGUGCCCAAGCCGCUGCCGUAGCUAGCAGCGCUGCACAAGCACAAGCAAUCGCCGAUGCUGCUGCCAGGAAUGCACAUGAAGGGGCUUUACUCCUUGGAGGUGGUGGUGCUGUGAUCGCAGCUCCAGUUGCUAUUGGCAGUCUCGGACUGGGCGGUCUUGGUGGACUUAGCUGGGGUGGAUACGCUGGAGGCUACGGAUACAGUGGCAUGGGAUAUGGCGGCGGCAAAUGGGGCCAUCACUAG